AUGGAUUACGCAUAUCGUAUGCUAAAAAAUGUCAAAUACUUCUAUAACUCGAUUAACCCGGCCACACUUUCAGGAGCCAUCGAUGUGGUAGUCGUGGAGCAGCCAAACGGAGAGUACAAGUCAACACCAUUCCACGUUCGUUUCGGAAAGUAUGGAGUCUUCAGCUACAGCGACAAGUAUGUGGAUAUCGCAGUUAAUGGUGUCGAAAUUGAUCUUAAAAUGAAGCUGGCCGACAGUGGAGUCGCGUUUUUCGUAGAGGAAGCCGACGACGAAGUGCCCGACUACCUUCUGACAUCGCCUUUACCCGAACAGGACGUCCCUCAGAUUGGUGGACCCGGAGUGGAAAAAGUGUUAGCAGAAAGCGCUCGUAAAUUGGAAGAAACUCAGAAUGAAAACGGAGACGUUGAAAUGAAUGAGAUGGCGAAAAGCAGAUCAUCGAGUCCAGAUGGUGGACAGGGAAAUGCUAGAGAGCCGAAGCAAGAGCAAUCAUUGAGUCAAGUGCAGAGGAAGCAAACGCUCCCCUUCUCUUCUUCAGUUUUCAGUGAUCGUCGAUAUCGAUCAUUGCCAGAUCUUACAGCUCUCUCCGCAGAGAAUGAUCAUUCGGAUGCCGUUGCUGAAACUUCGGAAUCCAAAAAAUCAGAUGAGAAGAAGACGAGAAAAGCGCCACGUCCAUUUGUGCACUCUCACUCGCAAUGCUCUCCAAUGGAAAAGAAAAUGUUCCAUAAAUCGAAUGAAGAACUAUUGCGCAUUUUGAGCCGCGAAACUCGUAAGAUGGAUCGCUGUGUUCCACUUCGCAAGAAGAGUCGUGUAACUUUCGAGAAGCCCGCUACUCGUCCAAUUGAUAUCCAGAUUCAACCAUUCAAUGGUUCAGAUUCGGAUCUUGAUUCGUCAGUCAGUUCAUCUCCCUCUCCGUCCAUUGUCGAUCAACGCGAGGCAGACCGAAUUGCUGAUGGCGCUCUCUCAGAUUCUGAAGUCGAUCGUCAACGGGACCGCAAUGCCACACCAGAGCCACAUGAUGUAACGGACUGGAAAUGGGGAGAACUUCCGGAGACCAGAGAACUCAACAAAAGGAAGAAGGAAGAGGAACAGGCUAAAAAUGCAUCGACUUCAAGAUGGAGUUGGUUGUGGUCGUCUUCACCAUCUACCGCCAAUCAAAAAGCCAAAGACACAGAGUUGCCAGAAGAACAAGGAAUCCCACUUGGAGAGCUUUUGAAUUCUGCUUCCGAUCCAGUUAAUAUUGAGAAGUACCUUGGAAAGCCACCCAGUGUAGCCUCUAUUGACAGUGGAAACGUUUCUCGUGGAGUCUCUCAACCAUCAUCUCCAAUUUCCAAUCAUGACGAUUUCACACCAACAACGACGCCUCCAAACGAUAAGACGCCAACUCGGGAGAGUGUUCGGUUUGCCGCUGGCACUGAUAUUUUAUCUACUUCCACAGCUAACGCCACUGGAAUUAGAUCGCGUGCUUCUUCAGAUGACACUUUCCCACUCAGCGAAGACGAGCUGGAUGAGAACUUCCGUCCACAAUACAUGCAAUCUCUUCGUCUCUCAUCUGAAAAGCUGAAGUCGUUGGGCCUUGUUCUUGGUGCCAACGAGCUCCGCUUCUCGAUCACAACUAAAUUCCAAGGAACGACGUGGUGCAGUUGUAACAUCUACCUCUACAAAUGGUACGAGCAACUUGUCAUCUCCGAUAUCGACGGAACUAUCACCAAGUCUGAUGUUCUCGGUCACGUCAUUCCGGCUAUUGGAGGUACAUGGGCUCAUACAGGAGUCGCUGAAUUGUACACUCGUAUCAAAAAUAAUGGAUACAAAAUGGUUUAUUUGUCAUCUCGUGCGAUUGGACAAAGUCACACUACGAAACAAUAUCUGAAAAGUGUGGCUCAAGACUCAAAACAGUUGCCUGAUGGACCGGUGUUGCUCUCUCCAACCAGUAUUAUCACUGCUUUUAGAAGUUUCAGAGAAGUCAUCGAACGGCGUCCAGAAGAGUUCAAAAUUGCUGCUCUGACUGAUUUGAAACAAUUGUUCCCAAGUGGCAACCCGUUCUACGCUGGAUUCGGAAACCGUAACACUGACGUCGUUUCGUAUGAAGCCGUUUCUGUCCCAGCCGCCCGAAUCCUCAUUAUCGAUCCAAGUGGAAAAGUAAAGAGAUCAGAUUCAUCUGGGCUUGCUCUCAGCUACAAAUCGAUGGCUACGGAUACAGUGGAUUACAUGUUCCCUCCGCUUUCUCCUAUCUCAAGUUUCAGUGUGAAAGACGAUGCUCGCAAGACGGAACGUCUCACGUCGGCAUGGAGCAAACCAUUGGAGCACAGCAACUUCACGCAUUGGCACGUUUCACCAAACGACGUCCUUGAUGAGGAGCUUCUGCAGUAUGAAACUCAUCGGAAGACUUUGAUUGCAACACAAAAGUCUAGAAAGUAG